UAGUAUUAGAAAUUUUAACGUAGUAUGAGAUAUCAGCUAGGAGAUUUUUUUUUAUGCUUGUAUUGUUAGCAACAGUGUUGGUACAAAAUAUGAAUUUAUCCGUUGAAGUGAUAUGUCGUAUAAGUUCGAAUAUAUAAGUGUUGAUUAGAAGAAAUAAAAAUAUUAUCGUGAAUUUUAUUAAUGUUCUCUUGAUGAAUUUUAUCUCGUUAUCUAAAUAUAAAAGAUCACAAUUGGUCUCGUAUUAAAUGAUAAAUUGAAAUUAGCAAUUAUUUGAUAUAACUGCUAUUAUUACUUAACAAUCUUUAUAAUGGAUAAUUAUUGUUCUCCACAAUGGGUAGAUUUUACAUCUAAUUUAGAUGUGCCUUCAGAUAGUUAUUUUGACAAAGAUCAUGAAGUUAAUAAAUAUAGAGAAUGCAUGGAAGUACCACAAAUUGAAAUAACAUCAGCAGAAACAAAGAGUAAUGAAGAAAUUUUAGAAGAAACAAAGGAAUCCAUACAAUCGAAAAAUAAAGAUUUUAUAGAAUGCUCAUCUGAUAUUAAUGGAAAAGUAGAAACUGAAUUAAAUAUUAUAAAGAAUACACCGAUAAAACUAAUGUAUACUUCUUCCACUUCGUCACACGGUAGUAGUAAAUGCAAACUUCUUAAGAAAGUGUCAUACAACGAUGUCAUACAAGAAGCUAUGGAAAAUUUACAAAAUUGUGUACUAACUCCAUCAAAUGCUUUUAAAAAACCAAUGCUAAUUACAAACAAAGCAUCAAAAUGCUUAGAAUUUCAAGAUAAUAAUCAAGUCAACUGUAUAACUAAUAAAGAAACAGAACAAGUUAGAGAAGGUUUAUCUGAUGAAGAAAUAAAAAGUUUAUCAGCUUCUAUUACUAAACGCGAUAUUACUACAACGCCACAAAAUAAUUUGCCUAGUCCUAAUAUAUCGCCAAUAAAUUUGUUAAAACAAGAUGAGUUUGAUCAACAGUUAGAUUGUGAUAGUAAUUCUGCUUGUCAUACGUCUGAAAAUUCUACUAAACAAUCAUUAAAAGUAAAUACGUGCAACAAACAAAAUUCAUGUAAGACAUUAGAAAAAGGCAAUGGUAAGAAACAGUCCAGAACAGUAGGUUAUCAAUGUAGAAGACAGAGUCUUACAUUUCGUAGGCAUUCCAAUCGAUAUAUCAGUUCAGCAGCAGCUGUUCUUCAGUAUCAGAAUAAAACUCCAGAAAGAUUUCAUACUCAAAGUCAAAAAAAACGUAAAGAAUUGAAAGUUAACGAGACGAAAGAAAACCAUUUAAAAUUAAAAUCUACAAAACGCAAUUUGUCAAGCUCUUUGUUUAAAACAACUUCAAAUAAAAACGUUACAUCGAAAAGCGCCAAAGUAUCUGAUAUAAUAAAGUCAAGCGGAUCCCGUUCGAAUGCUUCUGCCAAAAAAACACCAUGUAAUAAAAAUGUUUUUUCUGCGAUUGUAGAUAAUAAUGGUUCGGCAUUUGUCAUUAAGAAAGAAAAAAUUUUAUUCUUCGAUAUUCCUAUAGAUUCCAAACAAAAGAAAACUACACGUCCUAUACCUUUUAGUUUUGAAAAUCGUGAUAAACUAAAGCAAGAGUUUAAAUUAAAGCAGUCGCAGCUCGAUAAAAGUGAUAUUAAAAAUAUAGAAAAUCUUCCAAAUAAAAAGAAUUUAAGUACGAUAAAAGGAGGAUCCUCUUUAUCUGUAUCAUCAACAAAUAGUCAGAAAAACAGAAGCAUAAAUAUACGAGAAAAAAAUCUAUUAAAAGUAGAUCAACAAUAUAAAGAACAAGAGAAUAAACAAUCUGAUAUCAAUGCUUCUGCAACAAGUGAGAUCAAUAUAAAUCAAAAAGGAAAUCUCAAACCGAAAGUUAUGAAGAUUGGAAUGAAUUCUUAUGAGAGAGCGAAACAAAGACACGAAUUCGAUGAAAAGAUUAAACAAAAGAUUAUUAUGCAAGAGGAAGAACGUCAAAAAGAAGAAAUAAAAAAAUUGGCUAAGGAAAAAUUACAAAUAGCUAUGCUUCGCAAGCAAACAGAGGUAAAAGCAAGGCCUAUGCCAGUAUUUAAACCACCACGUCAUAUUAAAUCUGUGAAACCAUUAACUGAACCACAAAGUCCAGCUUGGGCGCAUAGAAAUAAAAAACCAACUUCGUAAUAUUUUUUCUAGAGAGAGUAUAAGUGUAUUGCAUAUAUUCCGUUUUAUUUAAAAUAUUAUUCUAUGUAAAUAUGUAAAAGAAUAUAUGUUUAUGUAAGAUAAAUAACAUAUUAAAGUAUUAAUACAAGGACAUUAUAAAGAUAUUAAUAUUAGUUAAGGAGAAACAUUUUUUUUUAAUAUUUUGUGACAUACUUAUUGCAUUAAACACAAUAAUUAUAAUUUAAUAUUUUUAAAAUUGACUUAAAUAAUACUCUGUAUCAAAUACAUUAAUACAUUUUCAAAUUAAAAAAGUUCAUAUCUUUUGUAUUUAAAAAUUUGAUUAUCACAUAACUUUAU